AUGACGACGGGGAUGGUGCAAGAAAAGAAUCUGGAGAAACAAAUAGAAAAGCAGAUGGGUUGUAUGGCUGGUUUUCUUCAAAUCUUUGAUCGCAACCAGAUUUUGACCGGGAAACACCUCUACUCCCCCAAACGCCUCCCUCCUCCCUCGGGUGUUCUUACUUCAUCUGAAUCGGGAACUUCAGCAGCGACAUCACCGGUGAUAUCAAUGGAAUUGGGAAAGCCAAACAAAGAACUACCUAGAGUGUCUCCGGCAGAGGAAAUGAGAUCUCCGGCGCCGGAGUUACCGCCAAAAUCACCCCUUCCACUGCCUAUACUACCAACGAAGGAUGGCACGAAGUCUACGUGGAAGUUCGGCAAAGAAGCCCCAAGGCUUUCAUUGGAUAGCAGAGCCACCACUGACGCCAAGGGAAGCCUUCACCCGAAAGAGAUCCGCACAAGCACCCCCGCAUACGGUGGUGCGGAAAAUGUAAUGGCGACCGACAGCCAACUAAACCGAUCUCCAAGUGUCAUUGCAAGGCUCAUGGGCCUCGAGCCAUUGCCAGCUUCAUCAAAUACGGAGACCGAAAAGAAGACCGAGCUCCGAAGAUCUGCCUCUGAAUCAAGAGUUUCAAGAGAUAUCUUCCAUUCUCGAUUCAUCAUGGACGGUAACAAUUUCCACUUGAAGCAAGCAAUUCAGUCCCAUUCCAACAUUUCCAACUAUGCAGUGAAAGACAAUGGUGCUUUUGAGUUCACACAUCAUGCAGAUCCAUUCAUGUAUGUUAAUAAGGUUGAGGAGCGAAAGGGACUGAACCGAGGAGGCGUAAAUCCAUUGACGUGGAAGACUCCACUUCACCGGAAAAGCUUCUUUGAUUCCGGUGACAUUUUUCCGGAGCCAAAGCAGACUGUCUCUAUCUACGGCGAGAUUGAGAAAAGAUUGAAAAUGAGAGGAAUCGAUGAACCUUCUAAAGAUUUGGAAACACUGAAACAAAUCCUCGAGGCACUCCAACUUAAAGGACUCCUUCAUUCCAGGAAGCCUUCUGAGCAAUCUCAAAUCAGUUACAGUAACUUCGUUUACGAUCAGUCACCGGUGGUGAUGGUGAAACCUUUGAGAUCACCAAUGGCGUCUCCAACCAACCGUAAACCAGGAAACGGUUAUUCGCCUUCCAAUGACCGAAAUCAAGUGCGAGGAAUUCGCCGGAAUCUUGACCUCGCCGGUGAAGUGAGUCCCCGGACUGAACGUAAUGUGGGGAGCCCCACGAGGCAAGCUAGAAGCUCAAGCGCACCAGCUCGGAGUGAGUGUAAUGAAAAGCGGUCAAACUCACUCAUCAAACCUAAGCCGCUAAGCGUUGAAACUCGUAGCAGAGCUAACGAGUCAACACAGAACCAGAAACUUUCUCGCAUUCACUCGCCGAAGCUGAACGCGAGAAAAACAGGCUCACAUCAAACCGUCACGAAUCGGUCGCCAAGGAAUAAGAAAUCCACAGCUGAGAUUCAUCAGAAAGAGAAAAUCACAAGCAUCGUUACAGAGGAUGAAUCCUCCACCGUUUCUGAAAGCACCGCCAGUACAUCUUCUCAGACCGAUUCAGAGAGGUCAAAAAUGGCGGAACACAAAGAUGGAAGGAGUUUACUGGAUAGGUGCGAUAAACUGCUCAACAGCAUAGCCGAAAUGACCGCAACCGAUUCGCAACCGAGUCCGGUCUCCGUUCUUGACUCGUUCGAGUCACCAUCACCUUCGCCGAUCACAAUGAAACGUCGCAUUGAUUUCAAAGAUGAAUCAGGAGAGUUGGAGGAAGAGAUAUGGACACCAGUUAUAUCCCCAGUGCAAGCGAAAUGUGAAGAAAUAUCAGAGGACUCUGAUUUUGUUUACAUGUGUGAUAUACUGAAAGCAUCUCAAUAUCUCCCAGAGGAUUCUGAUAUAUUUAUGUUACUUGAGAAGCAACAGUAUCUCGAGGGGAAGGACACUUCCAAAGUCUCUAGACUCGAAAGAAAAUUAAUUUUCGACACGAUUAAUGAAAUCCUCGACUGGAACAGACAAUUGCCUCCGUGGAAGUCUGUAUCAUGGACCCACGAAAACAUUUGGUCCGAAUUCCAAAGAAUUCGAGAGAGGGAUACAGCUGAAGAUUUGUUCGAGACCAUAUGUGGGAUUCUGAAAAAAGACCUAGCCGGGGAUGCGAUCAACGGGUGGGGAGAUUCUCCCGUGGAGAUGUCGGAGUCGGUAUUGGACAUUGAACGGUUAAUAUUCAAGGAUUUGAUCGGCGAAACAAUACAGGAUCUCGCCUUAUUAGCCAGCAAAAGCAAAUUGGCUGGUUUGCCUAGGAAGAAGUUGGUUUUCCAAAGGAAAGGAAGGGACCUUUGCGUCUUCAAUUCUUACCAUUAG